GUAUCCACUAGUCUAGGUAGAUGGACAGACUGACUAGAAUCAAUCAACUGUCCCCUUUUCUGAUCCCAAAGGACGUCGUCACUUCAGGCCGCUAUUACAUCAGAAGUGACGCUUCCGCUUCUUGUUAUGAUGACAUCACCUGCAGUGCAGUUAGCGGAGUCAGUGGGUUUACUGUAUGGGAUGUUUUUAAAUGUUCCGCCGAGUCACUACUGAGAUGAAUCAUGGGAAACCGACGGAGGAAGAGAGGGCGUGAACACAGAGAUUCGUAUGGGUUUAAGAUCUCUGAGCUGCUGACCCAACUGGUUGUGAGAACCACACCUCCUAAUGGGCCCCUCCCCCGUAACGUCAGCCUCCUCCCCUCCUUCACCCUCCCCGCGGUUCGAGAAACGACCGCCACCACCCGCUCCAAGGCCCAACUCCCAGAAUGCAUCACGAGACUCUCAGACACCCAGUGUCGGAAAUGGUACCACCAGAGACAAGCCACGCCCUUCUCCGCCUCAACCCCCACCCUAGCCCUUAACCCUAGGCCUGCCCCCAACGCCCCGGGACACACCACUGCUCCCGCCUCCACCAAUAUCAGCCAACCAGGGAGAGAGAGACCCAGCCUGGUUUCCCCUGAUUUGUUUUUCCUACCCUAUCUUGCGGCACGGGAGACUGCGAAGGGCUGUGAUUCGCUGUCAUUGGUGAGGGAUCUGUUCCAGAGGGGUGAGGUGUGUCCAGACAUCCUGGGGGUGAAGGAGUGGUCGAGCCAGAGACCUGCUGCCUGGACCAAUGAUACAGCAGUAGCACCACAACGUAUGUUGAUAGAACCUGAGAUCAUACGUUUCCUGCAGUUCUUGACCAGGUUUGCACACACUGCAGCAGGGAUUUUGGCCCACUCCUCCAAAAUCGGCAGUGUAUCAAAUACUUGUUCUCCCCACUGUGUGACUAGCGUGCAUUACUUUGAGGACCUGAGGGACCUGCAGAGGAAGUUGUUCAAGGGGAUCCUGUGGACGUCCAGCAGGGGUCGCGACCUUUGAGCGGGGUGACCAUGACAACCUCUCCAGGACUUUAUACACCGUCAGCCUCAAACUCACCUCCCACAACACCUCCCUCCUCUGCUCCCCCACCAUGCCUCCCUCCUCUGCUCCCCCACCACGCCUCCCUCCUCUGUUCCCCCACCACCUCCCUCUGCUACCCCACCACGCCUCCCUCCUCUGCUCCCCCACCACGCCUCCCUCCUUUGCUCCC